UCCCUCAUUGUCGCUUGCUCGCUGCGCCCGCCCGCUUGCUUCGCCCUCGCUUCGCUUCAAAUGGCAGCGGCGGUGCGGGCUGAGCGGCCGCGAGCUUGACCCGGGGCGCGCGUGGGCACGCACCCAGUCCCGGCCAUGUCGGCGCCUGCCGCGAAGGGGGCUGUGGCGGGCUUCCGCGGGGAGCAGAGCUUCGCGCGCGCAGCCUCCUCUGCCUUCGGGGCCGCUGAGUUCGCCUCCGGAUUCGAUGGACCCCAGCUCCCGCCGCUGCGGCUGCGGGUCUCGUGCGGCGGCGGCGCGAUCGCCAGCCCGUGCUCCAGCUCCUCCUCCGAUACCUUCGUCAGCAUGCGCUCCACGCCCUCAGAAACACUGAACCCGUGUGGGCUAUGGUCGCCGCCGCGCGCUCCGUCCGAGGCGUCCGAGUUCGGCACGGCGCGCGAGUACGACACCACCGAUCCCUUCUUCGGUGACAACUGGCUCUACGACAACCACCUCUUCCACGGCAAGCCGGAGAGCGAAGGCAGCGAAGGGGAGGACAAGUUCAUUGUUGGUCCUGACGUCAGCUUGCAGCGGAGUGAGAUGCAGGAGCUUAGUGAUGUCUGCGGCAACAGGCACGUACACAGAGACCGCAUUGCGGAUUCCGAUGGGGGUGCAGAGGUGAACCCGUGCUUGUCACCGCCCUGUGCCUGCUGCUACGCGGAAAAGAAGAAUGAUGAGGAGUUGGUGAGAGAUUCUUGCUCUGCUGUUUAUGGGAGGUAUCAGAUCAUGGACGACCAUACGGAACUGCUUGAUGAGUGUGUGGCAGAAGCAUUCCGGUUCAGGCUGAAUGCAGUUGAUGAUGCUUGCGAUUGCUUAGUGGAUUUCAAGAAAGCAGAGGGCGAUGGGUUGGAUCUUAGUGCUCUGGAGAAGGAGCUUCAGAUGCUUACUCCGUACUUGGCUGAUGCAGAUGCUCUUGAGAAUACUGGGCUUGAACAUGACUUCAGAGGCAAUGAAAAACUAGAUGUUCGCAUGGUAACAAAUGAGGAAAUUGCUGAUGCCGAAGAAUUUCUAAAAGAUAGCUACAGCAUACAUCCUUUUCCUGAGAGCAGUGACCCUUUAGAUGUUUAUGGGGUGGAAGAUUUCGUGACAGCAGAUACAAAUGUUCAAAACUCUACUAUUCCCAAAAUCCAGGAAGAUCCAAAAGUUGAUCCUGCACUCUCUAAGUUUCAUCAGGAGUAUGAGGUAUAUGACUUGAAAAUUUUCCACCGGAAGAACAGGACUGGCUUUGAGGAAAACAAAGAAUUCCCUAUUGUCACGGAUUCAGUUAUAGCCGGAAGAUAUCGUGUCACUGAGUAUCUUGGUUCUGCUGCAUUCAGCAAGGUUGUACGUGCACACGAUCUUCAAACUGGAGUUGAUGUAUGUCUUAAAAUAAUAAAAAAUGAUAAGGAUUUCUUUGACCAGAGCUUGGAUGAGAUAAAGCUCCUUAAGUUUGUCAAUAAGUAUGACCCAGAUGAUGAACAUCACAUACUUCGUCUCUAUGAUUACUUCUACUUUCAGGAGCAUCUCUUCAUUGUCACUGAAUUACUACGCGCAAAUCUGUAUGAGUUUCAGAAAUAUAACCAGGAGUCUGGUGAUGAGGUAUACUUUUCAUUGCCCAGAAUACAGGCUAUAGCUCGACAAUGCUUGGAGGCUUUGGUGUACUUGCAUCAUUUAAACAUUGUUCACUGUGACCUGAAACCAGAGAAUAUCCUUCUGAAGAGCUACAGCAAAUGUGAAAUCAAGGUUAUUGAUCUUGGAAGCAGCUGCUUCAUGUCAGACAACUUAAACUUGUACAUUCAAUCACGUUCUUACCGAUCUCCUGAGGUCAUCCUGGGUUUGCCAUAUGAUCAAAAAAUAGACAUUUGGUCUCUUGGCUGCAUCUUGGCUGAACUAUACACUGGUGAAGUGCUCUUUCCUAAUGAAUCAGUACCAAUCAUUCUUGCUCGUAUGAUCGGGACAAUUGGUCCAAUUGACAUGGAAAUGCUUGCGUUGGGACAGGAGACACAGAAGUACUUCACAGAUGAGUAUGACCUUUUCCAUAAAAAUGAGGAGACAGGUCAGUUGGAAUAUUUGAUCCCAGAGAAAUCAUCUUUGCGGCGCCACUUGCAAUGCACCGACAAGAAGUUUGUUGAUUUUCUGUCGUACCUGCUGCAAAUAAAUCCCAGAAAAAGACCAACAGCCAUUGAAGCAUUGCAACACCGAUGGCUUUCAGUAGUAUAUACCUGAGCUUGCCAAUCAAGCUCUUUCCUCACAAAUAGGGACAGUGUCUGAAGUCACUCCUUUUUCCUCACGAGUAGGAUCAGUUUCUGAAGUUAAUUGGCUCGUGAAACAACACGCUUCCUUUUGGAGCAGGAUUUGGCUUUCUGGGAUUUUUUUUCCAGGUCAAUCCUUGGCAAUGAAAUACUGUUUUGCAACGUGAAUUGAUCUUGGAUACACGCUAGUUCGUGCAUGUAAAUAUGAGAAAAGUACCUGUUGUAUAUGUACAGUUGCCAUGUACUACGAUGUAACUGAUCCAACUAUAGCUAAUUAAAUUGUUAUGUUUCUGUAUUUCUUGAAAUUCCUAUGACAUUACUCUGAUGUAAUUUAUGUGUUCUUGAGUUAAGCGAAUUUUGUA